AUGGCAGCAACCGGGCAGUUAGAGACCCAGCAUACCCAGCAUGGAGUUCAUUUGGCAACCGGAAACACAGAUGGUCUAUACAGAACCCUACGUCUACCAGGCCAUGAUGGUAGCUCACGGCGUGCUGCGGCGGCCCUUGACCCUAUCACUAUGAGUGCAACCGCAAAGUCGCGAAAGCAACGAGCGCGCAUAUUUAGCGGCACUAUCCUCCUGGCAGGAACGUUGGCGACUGCCGUAUUGGCAAUCAUAUUGUUGGCCAAUCCAUCAGUGAAACAAGGCGGGAUAGCAACCUUCCCUAUGGAUUGGGGGCACUUGGGCAUUAACGUCGAACAGCGAGGAUUGCCUUUUCCACCCGAUAGCCCCAACAUACCAGGAACAGUAGAAAGUGCCGCCCAGGACGGUGUGACUGCUGUGGAAACACAGGGCAUUGCGGCAGCCUCUGCGAUGACUAGUGCCGCCGAGUCCAUUGCCACAGCAGCGCCACAUCUCCCAUUGGGUCUCGCAGGGGUCGACUUGCCCAAACAAUUGUCUAUCGGCACUCGGAUGAUGUGCGCCCAGUACCGAUCAGACCACCAGAAAUGCCAUCAGCUUCCCAUAGAAUUCAGUCAGAUCUUCCCUGACCCCCAGCUACCACUUCUUGGGGAUACCGUCCGGUCUUUCGAACGCCUUGGGGAGAUGAUCGUAACUAAAGUCAUGGGGGCUGCUCAGCAUGCCGUGGAAGCCGGGCUCGCGCUGGCUGUGGUGGACAUGCUUACAGCCUUCUUUUUUAUCCAGCCCUCGUGGGCGCGAUGCCGUUGGGUGAAGUGGACCAUACUGGUUUUAUUGAGUAUAGCUUGCUUGGCGUGCUUCCUGGUCUCUACGAGCAUUAUCUUUGUUCUGCAGGCCAAGCUCGGGGAUUUGCCCACGAACACUCCCUUUGUCGAAUCCGUUCAUCCUGGCGCGGCCGGGCGGUACAGCCUGGGAGCAACCUGUUGUGCGGUGGUCAUGUUUGGGUGCAACCUCGCGCUUGCCGCACUCUGAAUCAUUAGCCAGGAUGCGCAUUUAUCUUGAGUGAAAAACUGACAGCCCAGCACAACGCGAUUCAUGUACGGGUCACGAUGGUCGGGGAAGGUGAAGACUCAUCCUGUUAGCAAGCAAAAGUACAUCCGGAAUAGAUUGUU